AUGGUAAGGGAUAAUGAAGUGGUUUGCGUGGAUGUAGGUAGAGUUAGGGCCAUUGGCAUCGAGGGAGCACUGGCCAACAACUAUGAGGCUCUACAGGAAGUUGACGGUGGACAAGCUGGAGAUACUGGUCAUGGUAGGAUUGCAUUCUUUGGAAACAUUGGAGGGAUGAUAAUAGAUGAGAUGACUAAAGAGGUUUCACUUGUCCUCAACUUCAGAGAGGACUUUGAAUGGCUGAGGGAGAAGCUCAGAAGCAUAAUAGGCUACCUCAGAGAUGCAGAUGCACAGAGUGCCCACAAUGAGUCCGUGAAAAGCUGGCUGCUGGAUAUCACAGAGGUUGCUUGGGAUGCAGAGGACAUACUGGAUGAAUGUGCUGUUCAAUCUACUAGAGGUACUAGUCAUAAAUGCUCCCAAUUCUCUUGUGUCCGUACUUUUAGUUCUUGUCAGUUAGUGUUUCGCUAUAAAAUGGCACGUCGGAUUAAGGACGUGAAAGAUAGGAUGAAAUCCAUUAUGGAAAAGGGAGCGGAGCUGAAGCUUGUUAUGGAUCUCAUUCAUCCAGAGCAACCCUCCACAAGUACAUCUGGGAAUGUGAAUUUGAGGGGAUCAAGCCUAAUAGAGAGCGGCUCACGACCAGUGGGUAUUGAGUCUAAGGUUGGACAACUCCUCCACCUAAUAGAUGACCCUGCCUCUCCUCUCAUUGCCGUCGUUGGAAUGGGCGGCGCUGGGAAGACAUUUCUAAUGCAAAAUGUUUUCAACAGAAUAAAGAAUAAGUUUGAGAAGUCGAUCUGGCUCUCUGUUUCUCAGGCUUAUUCCCUUAGAAAGUUGCAAGCUGAUUUGGCCUCUGAAAUAAAAAAUUUGAACAAGGUGGUUGAUGGAAAAGUGAGUGAGGUGCAAGCAGCAAAGUUGAUUCAUGACAGUUUAGCAAGCAAAAGGUGUCUUGUUGUGCUGGAUGAUGUGUGGAGGGCAACAGGGGAGGAUGACUUGAUAUAUGCACUUGGCCUUCCAAGGGGGAAUGACACCCACUGCAAAAUUGUAGUCACAACAAGAAGCAGAAAUGUGUGUGGCGACAUGGAUGCCCGUGUUUAUGACAUGCAACUUUUGUCAGAAGAAGAGAGCUGGGAGCUCUUUUGUGCUUUUGCAUUCCCUGACUACCCACGAAAUCAACCGCCAAAGCCAUUUGAAGGGAUUGCUCGUGAAAUUGAAAGGGAAUGUGGGAGAUUGCCCUUGGCUGUUAAAAUGGUGGCAGCAUCUCUGAAGUACAAGAGAUUGUCAAGCAAAUGGCAAUCCAAAUUGCAGCAUAUAAAAGAGGCAUCUUCUACCAACGACCCAAUUAUGCAGAUUCUUCAGUUGAGUUAUGAUUCUCUCCCUGCUCAUCUUAAGCCUUGUUUUGCCCUGAGGAUGAGUUAA